AUGUCAGGACUUGAAAUAGCUGCUGCUGCUAUACUUGGUAGUCAAUUAUUAGAAGCAAAAUAUUUAAUUAAAGAUGAUGUUGCAUUAGCUACUAAAGUUGUUACAAAUGCAUUACCAUAUUUAUGGAAAGCUUCAAGAGGUAAAGCAUCAUAUUGGUAUUAUUUCGAAGAUUCAUGUAAAAAACAUAAAGAUUUAAAAGCUUUAUCAUUUCCAAGACCAAUUGCAAAUGCUCCACCACUUGAAAUUGAUGGUGAUGGUUUCAAAAUUUAUGAUAAUCAAUUUCAAGUUGAAGAAUAUACUUAUAAAGAAUUAUAUGAUAUGGUAUUAAGAUUAUCAUAUAUUUUAAAAAAUGAAUAUGGUGUUACUUCUUCACAAACUAUUGGGGUUGAUUGUAUGAAUAAACCAUUAUUUUUAGUAUUAUGGUUAGCUUUAUGGAAUAUUGGUGCAUUACCAGCUUUUUUAAAUUUUAAUACUCAAGGAAAACCAUUAGUUCAUUGUCUUAAUAUUGCUAAUGUUUCACAAGUUUUCAUUGAUCCAGAUUGUUCUGGUCCAAUAAAAGAUACUGAAGAUAAAAUACAUGAAGAAUUACCAAAUGUUAAAUUACAUUAUCUUGAUGAAUUUAAUUUAUUUGAUAGAAUACAAUCAAAAUCAACUCCAAAAUAUAGAGCAAAAGAUGAAACAAGAAGACCAGAAGAUACUGAUUCUUCUGCUUGUGCUUUAAUUUAUACUUCAGGUACUACAGGUUUACCAAAAGCUGGUAUUAUGUCAUGGAGAAAAGCUUUUAUGGCUUCUGUAUUUUUUGGUUAUAUUAUGAAAGUUGAAAAAGGAUCAAAUGUUUUAACUGCUAUGCCAUUAUAUCAUUCAACUGCUGCUAUGUUGGGAGUUUGUCCUACUUUAUUAGUUGGUGGUUGUGUAUCAGUUUCUCAAAAAUUUUCAGCAACUUCAUUUUGGACUCAAGCAAGAUUAGUUGGUGCUACUCAUAUUCAAUAUGUUGGUGAAGUUUGUCGUUAUUUAUUAAAUUCUCCACCACAUCCAGAUCAUGAUAAACAUAAUGUUAAAAUUGCUUAUGGUAAUGGUUUACGUCGUGAUAUUUGGACAGAAUUUAAAGAAAGAUUUCAUAUUGAUGGAGUUGGAGAAUUUUAUGCAGCAACUGAAUCACCAAUUGCAACAACAAAUUUACAAUAUGGAGAAUUUGGUAAAGGUGCAUGUAGAAAAUAUGGAUCAUUAAUAAAUUUAUUAUUAAAUACUCAACAAAAAUUAGUUAAAAUGGAUCCAGAAGAUGAAAAUGAAAUGUGGAAAAAUCCUGUCACUGGAUUUUAUGAAGAAGCUGCUUAUAAUCAACCAGGUGAAUUAUUAAUGAGAAUUAUGAAUCCUCAAGAUGUUAGUAAAUCAUUCCAAGGUUAUUAUGGUAAUAAAAAGGCAACAGAAGGUAAAAUAAUAUUUGAUGUUUUUAAAAAAGGAGAUGCAUGGUAUAGAAGUGGAGAUUUAUUAAAAAUGGAUGAAGAUCAAUUAUUAUAUUUUGUUGAUAGAUUAGGUGAUACAUUCCGUUGGAAAUCAGAAAACGUUUCAGCAACAGAAGUUGAAAAUGAAUUAAUGGGUUCACACGCUAUAUUACAAUCAGUUGUUGUUGGUGUAAAAGUUCCAAAUCAUGAAGGUAGAGCAUGUUUUGCAGUAAUUGAAGCUAAACCAGAUUUAGAACAUGAUGAUAUUUUGAAAAAAAUAAGAUCUCAUGUUAAAACUUCAUUACCUUCUUAUGCUCAACCAUGUUUUAUUAAAAUUGGUACAAUUGAAGCUUCUCAUAAUCAUAAAGUUCCAAAAAAUCAAUUUAAAAAACAAAAAUUACCAAAGGGAGAUUCUGGUGAUGAAUUAAUUUAUUGGCUUAAUGGUGAUAAAUAUGUUGAAUUAACUGAUGAUGAUUGGAAUUUAAUUUGUGCUGGUAAAGCAAAAUUAUAG